UCAUCCCUGAGGGCCCCCAACACCGACCGGACGGCACGAUGGGAGGAUGUAAAUUAGACUAUAAUCACGACGAUAUGACAGAUGGAGAAUGAGACUCUGUCUGAGAUACUUGCCCUAUGCAUUUAAGAGUUUACGAGUGUACUACACUGUCCACUAAUACUAAGCACCAAGUACCUGCUCCUGCUCUCGUAAGAAGUAGAGUAGAGGACGCAGUUCAGUUUUGAUUCAAAUGGGUGUUUCAUCCAGGGAAGAGGAGAAAGAUACUCUUAAGAUACUUGUAGCUACGGAUUGUCACUUGGGUUAUUUGGAGAAGGAUGAAAUACGCAGGCACGAUUCAUUUAAGUCAUUCGAUGAGAUAUGUUCAAUUGCAGAGAAAAACCAGGUGGACUUUUUGCUUCUUGGCGGCGAUCUUUUUCACGAGAACAAACCAUCUAGGACCACAUUAGUUAAGGCCAUUGAGAUUCUGCGUCGGUAUUGUCUCAAUGAUCGACCGGUGCAGUUUGAAGUUGUCAGCGAUCAAACAAUGAACUUUGCGAACAAAUUUGGUCAUGUAAACUAUGAAGAUCCUCACUUCAAUGUUGGAUUGCCUGUUUUCAGUAUUCAUGGGAAUCAUGAUGAUCCUGCUGGUGUGGACAACCUUUCUGCUGUUGAUAUACUUUCAGCAUGUAAUCUGGUGAAUUAUUUUGGAAAAAUGGACCUUGGAGGUUCUGGCGUUGGACAUAUUUCUCUCUACCCCAUUCUCAUCAGAAAGGGUUCGACAUCUGUAGCCCUCUAUGGCCUUGGUAAUAUCAGAGAUGAACGCUUGAAUAGAAUGUUUCAGACACCUCAUGCUGUUCAAUGGAUGCGACCUGAUGCCCAAGAUGGAUGUCAAGUAAUAGACUGGUUCAAUAUUCUGGUUCUUCAUCAAAACAGGGUAAAGUCAAAUCCUAAGAAUGCAAUUAAUGAGCACUUCCUGCCUCGAUUUCUGGAUUUUAUUGUAUGGGGCCAUGAACAUGAAUGUCUCAUUGAUCCUCAGGAAGUUCCGGGUAUGGGUUUCCACAUUACUCAGCCGGGCUCUUCUGUUGCAACAUCAUUGAUUGAUGGUGAAUCAAAAGCAAAACAUGUGCUCCUUUUGGAGAUUAAGGGUAAUCAGUAUCGCCCGACUAAGAUACCUCUCAAGUCAGUGCGGCCUUUUGAGUACACUGAGAUCAUGUUAAAAGAUGAGCCAGACAUUGAUCCGAAUGAUCAAACCUCGAUUCUUGAACAUUUGGACAAAGUGGUUAGAAAGUUGAUAGAGCGAUCUAGCAGUAUUGAUGUGAAUGAAUCAGAGAGCAUGCUUCCCUUAGUUCGAGUAAAGGUAGAUUACUCCGGAUUUAUGACAAUAAAUCCUCAACGGUUUGGACAAAAAUAUGUGGGGAAGGUAGCAAAUCCUCAGGAUAUUCUUAUAUUCUCUAAAUCUACAAAAAGAGGUCAUAACGAAGUCAAAUUCGAAGAUGCGGAAAGGCUUCGUCCAGAAGAGUUGAAUCAGCAGAAUAUAGAAGCUUUAGUAGCUGAGAGUAAUCUGAAAAUGGAGAUACUUCCUGUCAAUGAUUUGGAUGUUGCACUGCACAGUUUUGUGAACAAGGAUGAUAGAAUGGCUUUCCACUCAUGUGUGGAAUACAAUCUCAAGGAAACUCGUAAUAAAAUUGCCAGGGAUACAGACCCAUUGAAAUGUGAAGAGGAGGAUUUAAUUCUCAAAGUUGGAGAGUCCUUAGAGGAACGUGUUAAAGAAAGAGCUGCACUGAAUAAAGAUGACCAACCAUUCACAUGUAGUGGGCAAUCCUCAGAGACCAGAAACAGGAGUGGUGGAGGUUUUGGAAGCGAAGUUCCUUUUAGCGAUGAUGAGGAGACAAAUCGUUUUUCUACUUCAAGAUCUACUGCUGCUAAUAAGGGAAGGAAGGAGUCUUCACAAAAUUUUAGGUCCUCUCGUGAUGCUUCUGAAGUGGCCAACAAGACUUCAUCGAGAGGAAGAGGCCGGGGCAGCGGCAGGGGCAGAGCUUCUGCCAAUUUAAAGCAGACAACACUUGAUGCAUCGAUGGGAUUUCGUCAGUCACUGAGACCUGCAUCAGUUCGUAGUGUCGCGGAUGAUGAGGAGAAUGUGGAAUCUGCUUCAAGCGAUGAAGAAGCUAAGAACACAAUAAAUGAUGUGAAUGAUAGCUCGGAUGGUCUUGAAACUCUCCGAGGAAAAGGGCGCAAAAGGGCUGCCCCAAAGGGAACAGGCAGAGGUGCUACGUCUGCAGCCAAGAGAGGAAAGAAGCCAGCGAAUGCUUCAUCGUCACUUCAAAAGCUGCUUAUGAGGGUAGAUGAUGAUGAUGAAGAGGAUGAGGAAGAACGGCAAAAUAAGCUAAACAAAUCUCAACCUCGAGUAACACGGAACUACGGUGCUUUGAGGAGGUGACCACAGCUUGGGUGUUUUGCAUGCACCCCAAAGUCCCAAACAUGCAGGGUUUGCCGCACUUAGAGCUUCUAUGGUAAUAUGCUAAAGUUGUCACAAUGCAAAACUUAACUUGUUGAGUCUUUAUUGUGGGCGGUGUACAAAUUUUGGUUAUUUUCACACCCAAAGUUAUGUAGGGUGAUCGAUCUUUUUUUCUUUGCUUAUUUGCUUUAAUAGCCUUGUCAUACUGAUAUACGAAGUAUUUGAGUAUGUAUGUUGAAAUGGAAAUUAAUACUUAAGAUAUGAAAUUGAA